AUGUGUUUGGGCUUCCAGUGUCCAGCAAGCGCAAUGCUGCGACAUGAUGCUGCUGAGCUGGUUUGCAGGCAUAUGCCGUGCUUCGAGACCUGUUGUUUGAGCAGUUGCGAAAGCUUCUCUUGUCCGGAGGGCUAUGCCAAGAAGAUCAGAGCUCAGGACUUCAGUUGCGCCGCUGGCUACUGCAGCACCACAGAUUUGCUGACCUGCUGCAAUGUGGAUCUUUGGUACCCAAAUGUUUUGGUGCCGCUGUUGAUCUUCGCUUUCACGGGCUUGACUUGUGUUUGGGCGCAGGGUCAACGCUGUCAGAAGGAACGUCUCAGUCGACGCAGGAAGUUCAGCGUGCUCUACUUCACGGUGCUUUUUGCAUGGGAUGUUUGCGAUCAAACCGCCUCCUGGUGGUUCUGGCAGUACACUGGUGAUGUGGGUGCAUCCUUUGUGGUGCAAGGCCUGGCUAUGAUGUCGGCGAUGCUGGGUACUGUGGUGAUCCUUUUGGCAUUCUUUGCAGGCUUGUUCAUGACGACGUCCCAGCUACUGGACCAACAUGGCCCUGAGAUUUGCUAUUCGAUGGCUGCAGGCUGUGCAGAUGUGAUCAUGCUGGUUUGUGUAUUCAUUUUCGAGAUGGAGGGGCUGGAUGAGGGUAGCUGGAUCAAAGUUCUAAAUCUGAUUGCGACUCUGAUUGACUUCAUCCUCAAAGUCCUUCAAGCAGCUGGUGCGCUCUUUGGUGCCACCCGGGAGGAGGAGUCGCACGAGGAUUCCUUACUUGCCCCUGAAUGA